CCGAUCAUGGGACCCGAUAAAGCGUAGUUAGCAGUUACGUAUAUUAUGAAUGAACGUAAAUGCAUCAUAUACCUAACAUCUAUUGAUAUUCGUCGGAAGACGGAAGAAGUAUAAAUUUUGACGUGUAUGAACGCACUCAAACUUGUCUUCAGGUCGCAGUGUUGUGAGAUUGAAUUAUAUGAAGUGACAACUGACAGCAGUCGUUCUCUGUCAAAGUGUGAAUAAACAAUUAUUUGAUCGCUUCGUGUGAGUCCGUCUACCGUGGUGAAUAAAUAAAACGAGCUAUACUCCGUGUUACUGCUACGUGUGUAGUUCAGGUUACAAACCUCGCAGUGAAAUUUAUUCGAUUUCAUAUCUGUGAAAGAUCUCGCGACAGGAGGUUCAACUAACAAUUGUUCAACAAAAUUGUCAAUACGAUACGGAAAAUUAUGUAGAUAGGAUGGUUGCGAGCACGGCAGAAAUGACUGGGCCCAUAUACCAUGAGAGACAAGUGAAAGAGCUCUGUGCGUUGCACGCGUUAAACAAUCUAUUUCAAGAGCGCGGAUUUAAUAAACAGGAAUUAGAUCAAAUUUGUUAUAGCUUGAGUCCAGAUGUGUGGAUCAAUCCACAUAAAUCAUUGUUAGGGCUCGGUAAUUACGAUAUCAAUGUUAUUAUGGCAGCAUUACAACGAAAAGGCCGCGAAGCAGUUUGGUUUGACAAACGCAGAGACCCGAAAUGUCUGUGUUUAGAUAACAUCGAAGGCUUUAUAUUAAAUGUACCAACCGAAUAUAAAUUAGGAUUUGUAUUACUUCCUUUGAAGAGGAGACACUGGAUUGCCCUGAAGAAGAUUCAUGGUGCCUUUUAUAAUCUCGAUUCGAAGCUUGAUUCUCCUCAACUUAUUGGAAAGGAAAACGAUUUACUUGCAUACUUGAAGGAUCAGAUAGACAGUAAAGAGAAAGAAUUGUUCCUUGUCGUAUCCAGAGAAAUAGAUAGUAACCAAGGAUGGUUGAUAAACACGUAUUCGAAUAAUGAAGGGAUAACCAAGGACCACAACAGUAUCACUUACAUUGAAGAUAGUUACGUAGAAACGAACUUGAAAAAGGAAGAGUCCACGGAAAUGAACGAAAACGAGAAAUCAUUAGACAACAAGAAUUCUAGGUAAUUAAGGUUUUUUUUUAAAGCUAUGUAUUCGAUGCUUCAGGCCAAAAUAAAUUUUAAAAUAAGGUGACAAUAUAGUCGGAAGUUUGGGGAAUUGAAAGAGAACGAGAAGGCGAAAGAUUAUAAAUGUUGAGCAUAUGAACUAUCAUCUUGCACAAGAAAAAAUAAUAUAAUUGUAACAUCUAGACGAUGAAUGCAUAAUAUAUGUUGUUGAUCACUGUCUGACUAUAGAUUUUUCACGAAAUCGUUGUUUAACGUUUGCGACAUAACUAGUUUGAACGAAUUUUAUUUCUGUUCGUACCAAGUUAACUAUAUUAUUUUCUCAGUAUUAUUAAGAGUAAUUAUAUGUUAAGAGAUCGUUUUAUAAAAUAUAUUAUUUUCUUAUUAAAUGCGUAUAGCUAAAUUAUUGCUCUGCAGGCGAAUAAAACAAACUACAAAAUAGAAUUACGAUGUGUACAAAAUGCUAUUGCACUGUUUAGAGACUAAACUGAUGUUUCUCCUGGAAGUCUUUGUUGUUUCUUAAUAUUUGUUACUAGUCAUACUAGAUUAUUCGAUUAUCUAGCGUGAGCAGCUAUAAAAGACAAUCUUUUGUACUUUCAACAAAUACAUUGCAAUAUACAUAUAUGCGAUAAAGCGUUAUUGUGGUAUGUGUACGAUCUGUGUAACUUUUUACAUUUGCUGCACAUUUUUAAUAUCACGAUUCAUGAAACUUAGUUGUAAGGCUAUUAUUUUAUAAAGAGAGACAUAAUUUUAUGUUCGUUACACUACAUGUUCCAGUUUUGUCAAAUAGGUAUACGUAAUAAAUUUGUUGUUAAAAUA